AUGGAGGUACUACAAGGUGAGAAUCUGAAUAGUAGAAUCGACCCAAGAAGUGGAUUUUGCAGUUCCAAUUCAAUCUUCUACAGCAAGAGGAAACCUCUCUCUCUUCCUCCAAACUACUCCUUAGAUGCCACCACUUUCAUCUCCUCCCGCGCCCAUCACGGCAACAUCGCCUUCAUCGAUGCCUCCACCGGCCGUCAUAUCACCUACCAACAACUCUGGCGAGCUGUCGAUUCCGUCACCUCCUCGCUCUCGACCAUUGGAAUCAGAAAAGGUGACGUCAUCCUCCUUCUCUCUCCCAACUCCAUCUACUUUCCCGUCGUCUGUCUCUCCGUCAUGUCCCUCGGCGCCAUCAUCACCACCACCAAUCCCCUCAACACAACACGCGAAAUUGCAAAGCAGAUCGCUGACUCCAAACCUGUCCUCGCCUUCACAACCCCUCAACUCGUUUCCAAAAUCACCGGAGCAUCACCAUCACUCCCAGUUAUUCUCAUGGAAACCGACAGCAACUCAUCCUCAUCAACAAACACGCUAGAGAAAAUGAUGGAGAAAGAACCGGAGUUGAGUAGAGUGAGCGAACGAGUCAACCAGGACGACACGGCCACUCUACUUUACUCGUCGGGAACUACUGGACCCAGCAAAGGAGUGGUAUCUUCACACAAGAACCUCAUAGCUAUGGUUCAAAUUAUAAUAGAUAGGUUCAGUGAAUCAAAAGAGAAUCGUGGAGAAACAUUCAUAUGCACGGUUCCAAUGUUUCAUAUAUACGGUCUCGCGGUGUUCGCUACAGGGCUUCUCGCUUUGGGUUCAACCAUCGUUGUUCUCUCCAAAUUCGAGAUGCACGACUUGCUUUCAUCCAUUCAGAGAUUCAGAGCCUCGUUCCUACCGCUGGUGCCGCCCAUACUGGUUGCUAUGUUGAACAACGCAGAUGCUAUUAAUAGCAAGUACGAUUUGAGUUCCCUUCACACGGUUCUCUCCGGCGGGGCUCCUCUGAGUAAAGAAGUUACUGAAGGGUUUAUUGAAAAGUAUCCCAAUGUUAAGAUCCUUCAGGGUUAUGGGCUGACAGAGUCGUCUGGAGUUGGAUCUUCCACUGAAUCUUUGGAAGAGAGUCGUAGGUACGGCACGGCUGGGCUAGUCUCUUCUUCCACGGAGGCUAUGAUUGUUGACACUGAAACUGGUAAACCGCUACCGGUUAACCGGACCGGUGAGCUUUGGCUUCGGGGUCCCACUAUCAUGAAAGGUUAUUUUAGCAACGAGGAGGCAACAUCAUCAACUAUUAAUUCAGAGGGUUGGUUAAGAACAGGAGAUGUAUGCUAUAUUGAUACUGAUGGAUUCUUAUUUGUUGUGGAUCGCUUGAAAGAGCUCAUCAAAUACAAUGGAUAUCAGGUCCCUCCAGCAGAACUAGAGGCUUUGUUACUCAACCAUCCUGAUAUUUUAGAUGUUGCUGUCAUACCGUUCCCAGAUAAAGAAGUUGGACAGUAUCCAAUGGCAUAUGUGGUAAGGAAGCCUGGAAGUAACAUAUCACACACCCAAGUUAUGGAUUUUGUCGCACAACAGGUGGCUCCAUACAAGAAAAUUAGAAAAGUGGCAUUCAUAUCUUCUGUACCCAAAAAUCCAUCUGGUAAAAUUCUUCGAAAGGAUCUCAUCGCGCUUGCUACAUCUAAACUCUGA